ACUGAAGACAGUCCUAAGAGUCCGAACGUUUAUUCGUCAACAAGUGAAAAGCAAGAUGACGAAACAGAAAACCAAACCCGUGGUUGCUCGCAAGAGAAAAGAGGCGAUUGCGCAAGUAUGGAGUUUGAGUCCGAAUUGAUACCAGAUACAAUGGUGGAACGUGCUGAUAGAUUAUUGAAGAAAAUGAUUGACGGUAAGGAUAGACAAAGCCCCCAAGAUGACAAAGAAUCGAUUAUAACUAUCGAUUUGUGGGACUUCGCGGGACAACACUUGUAUUAUGCCGCUCACUCAGUAUUUUUUACUACAAGAGCAGUGUAUAUCCUUGUGCAUAACCUCAGCAAAGAACUGAAUGCCCUAGCUCAGCCUUGUGUGAGACAAGGUUGUCACAACAUCAUCUUGGAAAACCCUGGCAGAGUAACAAAUCUAGAAGAUCUGCUUUCAUGGCUUGCAACCAUUCACAGUAUCAAACCGAAAGACGAGGGAACGCCAGUUGACAACUCAGACACACUGAUUUCCUACCGUCGACCCCCAGUAUUCAUUGUCGGCACACAUGCUGACCAACCAAUAGAAAAUACCGAGACUGUGAAGGAAAAGAUUCAACAGGCUGUAUCUGGUAAGGAGUACGGAAAACAUGUGAUCCCACCUUUGCUCAACAUUGAUAACACACAAAGUCACCAGUCAUUGAUUGGUAAAACACAGCAAAACAAACCUGUGCAAAGCAUCUUGAAGAGGUUGUUCAGUAAGCAGUCACAGGGGAGUCAUCAGAGAGGAAAAAGUGGAGAAAAAGGCAGAGCUAUUGGUGAUGAGAUUCAUACUCUCCGUGCCAAAAUCAUGGAAGUUUUGCGAAAGGAGCCAUACAUGGGAGAGAGGAUACCAAUUAGGUGGUUCAACUUUGAAAAACUUGUAGAGACUUUGGUAGCUGGCAAUGUUUAUUUUAUGAAUAUGGAGCAGCUUCAAACGGUUGUCGAGAAGGCGAACAUUAUAGACGGGGAUGAACAUUUCAAAACCAUGCUUAAUUUUUAUCACGAUUUGGGAAUGAUUGUCAAGCACCGCAGUACGGUCAUUCUAAAAGCUCAGUGGCUAAUUGAUCUGUUCAGGAAGCUGAUAACCAUUCCCCCAUUUGACAAAAUGGAUCCUGUGGAAUCAAAGCACUGGCCCGAACUCGAGAGAAAUGGUUUCCUCAGCAUGGAGCUUGUUGAUCACGUGUUUUCAAAAUUUCUUCGUCAAGGCGUUAUCAAAGAAGACAUCUUGGACAUGAUGGAGCUGUUUGGUUUGAUUGCAAAGUUCUCGUCACCAUCUCUGCCUGACGUGAAGUAUUUUGUACCAUGUCAACUGAGGUCCCCACCGGAAGAGCUUCGUAAAAUGGAGCCAUCAUCCACUGAUCCUUGUCCUCUGUAUGUCCACUUCCUCGAUGGUUUUGUUCCGCAUGGUCUUUUCCCGCGCCUUGUCUCAAGGACGACGGCUUCGGCAGCCGGGAAUGAAUCAUCACACCUGCAAAAACUCUACCAGAAUGGAGCCUGGUUUGUUUUAGAGGGAAACAGCAUACAUGAUAUGAUCCUGAUUUGCCAGAAAAGAUUCAUUAAAAUUUUACUGAGAGAAAGAAAGGAAGCCAAAGCAGUUCCAGUCUCUCUCUCACCUUCAACAUCUGCAGACGUUGCAAGAAGCGUGAAAUUGUUCUUGGAGAGUAGCUUAGAACACUUUUCGCAAGAAUUCCCAUACCUGAGCAAACUGAGGUAUGAAUUCUCUGUUGAAUGUCCGUACUGUUUGCAAAGGGUUCAAGAAUGUGCCAUCCACAGAAAAUCCUCGUGUGCACAUGAGGACUGUUUACACCUUCUCGAAAUUAAACAAGGAAAACGUUUGAUCUGUAUGGAAAGCGUUGGAUGUAGUGAGGUCUUAACAGUUCAAGGACAGGAUUUGUGGUUUUCAUCGGGAGGAACCGAGGAUUCAUGCAAAACUGAUGCGUCUGAAACAUCAUGGGAUGCAACAGCUCGAAUUUACCCGGUUAAAUGUGCGUCACCAUUGAGAGUUACUCUUUUGGCUAGCGAGUGGGGAUCGUCUAUGGGGGGCUUGUCCACCAUCAAUCGACAGCUUGCCAUACUACUGGCCAAACGCAGGGAAAUAGAGGUCACCUUCCUAGUCCCAAAAUUUAACUGCUCUGAAGAAGACAAAAGGACCGCUUGGAAUCACAAUGUUCUCAUUAAAGAAGCAGAGAAACUUCCUGGUUUUGAUCCCCUUGACUGGUUAAGCUUUCCACCUAAAGAGCUCAUCAUUGAUGUGGUCCUGGGUCAUGGCGCUAAGCUAGGAAAGCAAGCCCAAGUCAUCAGGGAGUCUCACAGGUGCCAAUGGGUGCAAGUAGUGCACACUGCGCCCGAAGAGCUCGGAAUGUUCAAGACCCAUCCUAGAGCCGUUGCUAAAGGAGAACAGAAGAAUACAACUGAAGUAGAUUUGUGUAAAUUGGCAAAUAUAGUUGUAGCGGUAGGACCCAAGUUGACGGAGGCCUACUCUGCCUAUCUACGCUCAAGCGAGAAGCAGCAAGACAUCUUUAUGUUGACCCCUGGCACAUUCAAGGAGUUUUCCACUUUAAAACAUGCUCCAGUUGACUCUGAAAAGUUUAGGGUGUUGACCUUUGGUCGUGGUGACCCUGAGGACUUCGGUCUUAAGGGGUAUGAUAUCGCUGCUAAAGCAAUAGCUGAACUGGAUGACAACUCCUACCAUCUGAUCUUUGUGGGUGCACCUGAUGGAAAACAGGAGGCAGUCAAAGAACGUUUGCUGCAGAGUGGUAUUUCUAGUCGUCAGCUGACAGUGAGAAAGUUUUUGCAAUGCCGAGAGAGGUUGAGAGAGUGUUUUUGUGAAGUUGAUCUUUGUAUCAUGCCAUCACGGACGGAAGGGUUCGGCUUAACCGCGUUGGAAGCAUUGUCAGCUGGUCUUCCCAUUCUCGUUAGUGGAAACUCGGGGUUCGGAGAUGCACUGCGUAAAGUGCCGUCCGGAAAAUCUUUUGUGGUUGAUUCUGAGGACCCCAAGGUGUGGGCUGAGGCAAUUACUGUUGUCCGUAAGAAGGAGAGACCAGAGCGUCUACAAGAGACUCAGCGACUGCAGACAUCUUAUGAAGAGCAGUUCAGCUGGGAGAAACAGUGUAACCUUCUUGUUUAUAAGAUGUGGAACAAAGUUCACGGGCCGUUUGAGCGAAUCAUUCAGGAUCUUCAGCAGAUGCACUUCCUUGCAAGCAAGGUCAACAGCAACACUAACUUGACAGAAGAGUUAACGAAGAUUGCAUCAGAUAAGGGCUUCAGAAUUUCUGACAAUCAAGAGUCAGGAAACUGCAUGUUCCAUGCCCUGUCAGAACAACUAGAAACCGUCAAAGGAAUCAAAAUCGAAAAUGGCCAGUUGAGACAAUCUUUAGUUCAGUACCUUAGGGAAAACCCAAAAUUGGCGGAUGGAACAGAUCUGUGUCACUUUGUCCAUGGCCAUGAAACAUGGGAUGAUUACCUAACAUAUGUGGAACAUGAUGGCACUUGGGGAGAUCACCUUAUUCUCUGUGCAGCAGCGAAUUGCUUUGAAACGUGCAUUCACGUGGUCAGCAGUCUACACAAUGAUGUAGUCAUCAGGCCACAUUCUCCUGUUGACGAAAGCAAGCCUCUAGUACUGGGACAUAUUCAUGAGGUACACUAUGUCAGUCUUCAACCCAUACAAGGCUAAAGGAACGAUUUUCGGCAGGUAUAGCUAUAGCCGGCAAGACCUUCACGAAGAAUCAGAUGGCAACCAGUAAAGAAAACUGCGACAUUUUUAGGAUUAUUUUCUCACGUGACUAUAUACUUAGCUGAAAACGUAAGCUUUAGAUAAAACAUAGCUUUUUACAUUUGUAUAAGCUUUGUCACGAUAAAUUGCUAUCGAGUUUUCGUGGUUUGGUAAGAAUUUUGAUAUAAAACAUUAAAUUCUAUUUUCGAAAUGUCAAUAAAUAUUUUGCCGAAAAAGAGAAAACAAAGUAUAGAUGCUCUCCCCCUCCCAAAUUUGCAAUAUUUACUUACUAUUGGCCACGUUUGCCACUAAAUACGUUAUAAUGCUGAAUAAUUCUAAUUUACCUCUUACCCCAUUGAAAAUACUCGGUAGUAGCUGCCCUUACAGUGGAGCGCUUCAGUCCUUUAAUCUUGUUUUCUAUGUAAAUAAAGGUUUGACCCUGAUUACUUGGGAUAUAGUUAUUACAACCACAUCAAUUGAGCUUUCUAAUGAUGAAAAAUGUUUCUCGUUAAAAUGUAUGGAUUGCAAUUGUUGUUUUCGAGCAAUUAUUAUAUCUAUUGUAGUAUUUAUCACCAAGAGGAAAUAAAUUAUCGAUAUAUUCGCACACACUUUAGUUACGUUCAUAAAUGUAGGACCGUAUCGUAACAAGGUGAAUACAGUUUAUGCCGAAAAUUUUGCUGAGAGAUUGAAAGAGAACCAGGUAUUUUGAAAUUUCCCACGAAAUGAAUAGUUAAAGAGCGUCUUUUUAGUCAAGUGUUUAACCUUUGCAUUUGUUAACUCCA